UCUGUGGAUGAAACUAUUGAUCUUGAGAACUGCAGAAAAAAGUGCUUGAAUAAUUGUUCCUGCAUGGCAUAUACCAAUUCAAAUAUAAGUGGAGCUGGCAGUGGCUGUGUCAUGUGGUUUGGUGAUUUAAUUGACAUCAAAUUGUAUCCAGAUUCAAAAAGUGGACAGCGUCUAUAUAUAAGGUUGCAUCCUUCAGAACUAGAUUCUAUCAGGCACAAGAAGUCUAAAAUAAUAUCUAUAACCUCCUUUGCUGCAACUAUAGGAGUUAUACUUGCUAUUUAUUUUGUCUACAGAAGGAAAAUUUAUGAAAAGUCAACGGAAGAAAAUAACUACGAAAAUUAUGCGGAUGAUCUGGAUCUUCCAUUGCUUGAUUUGUCCAUAAUCAUUGCAGCCACUAAUAACUUCUCAGAGGGGAACAAGAUUGGAGAAGGUGGCUUUGGACCCGUAUAUUGGGGAAAAUUAGCCAGUGGGCUAGACAUUGCUGUGAAGAGACUUUCAAAGAGCUCAAAUCAAGGGAUGAGUGAGUUUGUAAAUGAA